AUGAGCAAAGAAUUAUAUUCAGCCUUUCCGGCACCUAAUCCUCCACCUGCACAAUCUAAGCCUCCAGAUGGUAAAGCAGAUGGAAAUGAAGACCCAGAUAAUGAUGAUGCAGUUGAUGAUGAUGGACCUUCUAAAGGAGCAGGAAAACAAGGAGCUGUUAAGGCACCUCAGAAAGACGCGACACAAAAAAUGCAGGGUACACAAAUCAGUGCUCUAGUCAAUGUUCAUUUAGUACCUCAGGAAGGAAAUAAGACUCCAUCUCUAGACCUGAAUAACAUAGUCGCAAUGAAAGCAGAUGCAGGACAUUCUGGAAAAGCUAAAAAGCCACCUAAAGGAGAUAAACAAAUGCCUAUGGGCGAUGGUCCACCUUCUGGACCAGAUGAAAAGCAACCACCACCGGGUGGAGAUUACCCACCACAGCAACAACCUCAGGGAGGAGAUGGAAAAAUGCCUAAGGGUGACGGUCCACCAUCUGGGCCAGAUUCCAAGCAACCGCCCCCGGGCGGAGAUUACCCACCACAGCAGCAACCUCAAGGAGGAGAUUCCAAGCAACCGCCCCCGGGCGGAGAUUACUCACCACAGCAGCAACCUCAGGGAGGAGGUUCAAAAAUGCCUAAGGGCGAUGGUCCAUCAUCUGGACCAGAUGCCAAGCAACCGCCACCGGGCGGAGAUUACUCACCACAGCAGCAACCUCCGGGAGGAGAUGGCAAAAUGCCUAAGGGAGAUGGUCAAUCUUCUGGACCAGAUUCCAAGCAACCGCCCUCGGGCGGAGAUUACCCACCACAGCAGCAACCUCAUGGAGGAGAUGGAAAAAUGCCUAAGGGUGAUGGUCCACCAUCUGGACCAGAUUCCAAGCAACCGCCCCCUGGCGGGGAUUACUUACCACAGCAGCAAUCUCAGGGAGGAGAUGGAAAAGUGCCUAAGGGUGAUGGUUCACCAUCUGGACCAGAUUCCAAGAAACUGCCCCCGGGCGGAGAUUACCCACCACAGCAGCAGCCUCAGGAAGGAGGUGCAAAAAUGCCUAAGGGCGAUGGUCCACCAUCUGGACCAGAUUCCAAGCAACCGCCCCCAGGUGGAGAUUACCCACCACAGCAGCAACCUCAGGGAGGAGGUUCAAAAAUGCCUAAGGGCGAUGGUCCACUAUCUGGACCAGAUGCCAAGCAACCGCCACCGGGCGGAGAUUAUCCACCACAGCAGCAACCUCAAGGAGGAGAUUCAAAAAUGCCUAAGGGAGAUUUUCCACCAUCUGGACCAGAUUCCAAGCAACCGUCCCCGGGCGGAGAUUACCCACCACAGCAGCAACCUCAGGGAGGAGGGGCAAAAAUGCCUAAGGGCGAUGCUCCACUAUCUGGACCAGAUGCCAAGCAACCGCCACCGAGUGGAGAUUACCCACCACCGCAGCAACCUCAGGGAGGCGAUGCAAAAAUGCCUAUGGGAGAUUUUCAGUCAUCUAAACUACAGGUGAAUCAACCCCCUCAGGGCGGAGAUUACUUACCACCGCAGCAACCUCAGAAAGUAGAUGCAAGUAGCCCUAAUGGAGGAGACUACACUCCUCCGCCACAUGGCGAAAGUGAAGCGCAGAAAAAGAAGAAAGCUGAAAUGAAGAAAAAAAAGCAAGCCGAAAAAGAAAAAAAGAAGAGAGCCCAGCAGGAGAAAAAAAAGAAGGAAGAACAAAAGAAAAAACAAAAAGCCCAAGAGCAGAAAAAACGUAAGGAAGCACAAGAGAGGAAGAAAAAACAGGAACAGCAGAAAAAACGAGAAUACGAAGAGGAAAAAAAACUGCAGGCUGAACUAGAAAAACAAAAACAGGCCGAACAACAGAUAAGACAAAAGAUAGAACAGGAGAAACAAAAAUUAGAUCAACUAAAGAAGGAGGAACAACGUGAACAGGAGCAAAGACAAUAUAAUCAACAGCAGCAACAAAAACAAUCCGAACAGGCGAAACAACAGGAUGAACAACAAAAGAAACAACGAAAAAUCGAACAUGUCAAAAACAAAUUGGAUGAACUGAAGAUAAAACAACAAGAAAUAGUUUCAAAAUCAUAUGACUAUUUAAAAACAUUAACUAACACAGGUGCAUAUCCCCUGGACAAAUUAGAAUGCCGGCAUCAGUGGGCCGUUUCGAGUAUAGAAGUCAGCAAUAAGCGUUUUGUCGUCAGAAUUCCAGUGGUCAAAUUAUGCUCAGCCUAUCCGGCUCCUGGUACAGUUGCUAGUUCCGCGGCACAGGCAAAUGUGCAAACGCAAGCUCAAACUCAAGCCGGAACUGGCACGCAAACGGGUGGAAAAUCUCAAGGUACAAAUGCUGAAGCAGAUGAAGAAGAUCCUAAAGAAAAUAAUGGACAAUCAACAAAAUCAAAGGGAGAUGAAAAAUCUUCCCAAGAAGCUACCCAGGCACAGAAAACAGCUUCAACUCAGGAAUCAGCCCAAGGAGGAAAUGCGAAAUCGACCCAGUCUAAUCAAAAUCAAGGUGCUCAGCAACAGAAAGGUGGAGAUGAAAAGUCAGCCCAGGGUACUGAGAAAGAAGAUUCUCAGCAACAGAAAGGUGAAGAUGCAAAGUCAGACCAGGUUCCUGAAAAAGAAGAUGCUCAGCAACAGAAAGGAGGAGAUGGAAAAUCAGCUCAGGUUAAUCAGAAACAAGCUGCUCAGCAACAGAAAGGUGGAGAUGCAAAAGUAGCCCAGGUUUCUCAGGAUGAAAAUGCUCAGCAACAGAAAGGUGGAGAUGCAAAAUCAGCCCAGGGUCCUGAGAAAGCAGAUGCUAAGCAACAGAAAGGUGGAGAUGGAAAAUCAGCUCAGGUUACUGAAAAAGAAGAUGCUCAGCAACAGAAAGGUGAAAAUGUAAAAUCAGCCCAGGCUUCUGAGAAAGAAGAUGCUCAGCAACAGAAAGGUGGAGAUGGAAAAUCAGCUAAGGAUUCUGAUAAAGACGAUGAUCAAAAACAGAAAGGUGGAGAUUCAAAACCAGCCAAGGAUUCUGAGAAAGACGAUGAUCAAAAACAGAAAAGUGGAGAUGCAAAAUCAGCCAAGGAUUCUGAGGAAGACGAUGAUCCGAAAGAGAAAGAGGGAAAUGUAAAAUCAGCUAAGGAUUCUGAGGAAGACGAUGAUCAGAAGCAGAAAGGUGGAGAUGCAAAAUCAGCCAAGGGUGCUCAGAAAGAAGAUGCUCAGCAACAGAAAGGUGGAGGUGGAAAAUCAGCCCAGGUUCCUGAGAAAGGUGCUGCACAGACACAGAAAUUAAGUCAGGGAGAAGAUGCUACUCCUCAGAAAAAUGAUGCUGCGCAACAGCAAUUGGCCCAGGUUCCUCAGAAAGGAGCUGCACACCAAAAUGAGGAGCAAGAAGAUCAAGAAGAAGAAGACACACCACCUGGAUCUCAUGGACAAGAUGCAAAACAUUCUCAAGAAGGAGCAGAAGGAGGAGAUACUCAACAGAAAGGAAAGGAGCAGAAAGCUGGACAAAGUCAAAAUAAGGAUGAUGCUGAAUCUGAAUCUGAAUCUUCUCAGGGAGCAGAUGCUCAAAAAGCUGCAUCUAAGACUUCUGGCCAGGCUGAAAACUCUGAAAACAAUCUAAAAUCUGAACAAGAUAAAAAACAAAAGAAAGAAGAAGAGAAAAAACAAAAAGAACAGGAGAAAAAGCAGAAAGAACAGGAGAAAAAACAGAAAGAACAGGAGCAAAAACAGAAAGAACAAGAGAAAAAACAGAAAGAACAGGAGAAAAAGAAAAGUGAUGAACAGAUAAAAAAACAGAAAGAACAGGAGCAAAAACAGAAAGAACAGGAGAAACAACAGAAGGAUCAGGAGCAAAAACAGAAAGAACAAGAGAAAAAUCAGAAAGAUCAGGAGCAAAAACAGAAAGAACAGCAGAAAAAACAGAAGGAUCAGGAGCAAAAACAGAAAGAACAGCAGAAAAAACAGAAAGAACAGGAGCAAAAACAAAAGGAAGAACAGCAGAAAAAACAGAAAGAUCAGGAGCAAAAACAAAAAGAAGAACAGAUAAAAAAACAUAUAGAACAGGAUCAAAAACAGUUAGAGGAGAUGAAAAAAAAGACAGAACAGGAGCAAAAACAAUCUGAAGAACAGAAAAAUAUACAAAUAAGUCUAAAGGUUCCGAAAAGAACGCUCUUGCAGAUCCAGAACUUCCCUUCUCCUGUCUUUUCGUAUCUCUUCUCGGAUGUAAGAGAUGAGAAGAAAAUUAAAAGGAAGGAGAAAGAGAGAAAGGAAGUAGUGAUGGAAUUGGAUCCUUUGUCCGGCAAUAACAUUGGUCGCGGUGCUCAGCAGCAAGUCCUGCGGCGUUUAUACGCAGACCCAGCUGCCACACACUGCGAAUUCCGUUUACGCCGCAUGCACUGCAUCACGGCAGAUCAGCCAGUGCAUAAUUAUUACCGCUGCUGUUGGAAAUUGCAAAGUCUUCUUCGACUCAAGUCCCUCGAGUGA